AUAACCUAUUUUAAUAGUAUUUAGUGUAGAAUGUCUUAAGCACAUCUUAAAUUUUAAUACCUAUAUAAAGAAGCAUGCCUGUUUUUCAAUAACUUACCUUUAUAUUUUGAUGACAUUUGUUCAGUGUAGUUUGUUUUUAGAGCUAUAUGUAUUUGCUAAAGCAUAAAAUCCUUGAGAGUUUAAAGGCUAACAGGAUUUCCAAGUUUAUGACACUAAAACAGUUUUAAUCCCUGAUGACCAGUAAAUAAUGUAGUUUAGUAUACAUUAGUAAAGUGGCCAAGAGGCUAUUUUCAGGGAAAUUAUUCAAGAUACUGCGAUUAUUUAGCUAUUUAAUGUUUGUGACAAGUAGCCCCAAUAAGCAGUGUACUUAAAAAUGGUUUCUAAAUCUUACGUCUUCCAAGUGAAUAUAGUUGGAAAAUCAUGAAACCUAGAAUAUGCUUAACAGAGAAAAUAAACUCACACUAGAAAAAUAUAAAUUGUAACUGAAGUUUUUGGAGGGCCAAAAAUCAGAGAACGUCAGGUCAGCUUUCACAUCACACAAAAUUAAUUUCGGUCUCCACGUGUCAAGCCCUCAGACCCACUUUUCUGGGCUCCAGGAAAAUUAACCCAUCUUUGUUCUCGGUGCCUCCCAGACCCUGUUGGGGAUGGGGUUUGGGGUUGCAAUAGGGAUGCAGAGUACUCUGUGAUAAAGGCAAAGGCUCGCUGAUGGUUGCUACAAGUUCACCCCACCCGGAGAAGCAUCCACGCCUCGCCCUACAUUUUGUAGUGUUAGCGCCAUACAGGAGAUGAGGUGAAGGCCCAGGAUGGGGAACAGAAUCAGGUUCAGUGUCCAGAUCUUCACAACCUUCACAUCACCGACCACACCCCGGCUGUGCCUCAGGCGCCUGCGAGGAGGGGCGGAGCCGCGCCGCCAAUUCCCGCCCAGUCUAGCACGGACCCAACUAAAGCUGAGGAGCACACAAGGAAGCGGAAAGAGCGCGUGUCCCGCUGCUCCGCUGCGGUCUAUCUGGGCAGCACCAUGCUCGCGCUCCGAAGCGGCCUGAGGACGGCGCUGGCCCCGCGGGCUCUGACGCCUCAGGUAUGUUCACCUUUUGCUACAGGCCCCAGGCAAAGCGAUGGGACAUUGUAUGAAUUCCGCACCUACUCUCUGAAGCCCUCAAAGACAAAUGCGUUCCUGCAGAAUUUUCAGAAAUACGUUCACCUUCGGACAGCUCACUCUGAGAUGAUUGGAUACUGGACCGUAGAAUUUGGAGGCAAAAUAAACAGAGUGUUCCAUAUUUGGAAGUAUGAUAAUUUUGCUCAUCGAACUGCCGUCCGCAAAGCCUUGGCCAAGGAUAAGGAAUGGCAAGAACAAUUCCUCAUUUCAAAUUUGGCUUUCAUGGAUGAACAAGAGGUUGAGAUUACCUACUUGGUACCCUGGUGUAAAAUAAGAACACCUCCCAAGGAAGGAGUCUAUGAACUGGCUACCUUUCAGAUGAAGCCUGGUGGCCCAGCUCUAUGGGGUGAUGCAUUCAAAAGGGCAAUAAACGCCCAUGUUGAGCUUGGCUACUCUACACUAGUUGGUGUUUUCCACACUGAAUAUGGAGCCCUCAACAGAGUUCGGGAAAGUGUCAAUUACCUCGAGUCUCAGCAGAAUAUGUUCCUGAUUCCAACCUCAUUUUCACCAUUGAAGUAGUUUCCUACCGAGCGCUGAGCAUUCCCAUCACGGAGGUGAGAUGCGUUUCCCCCAGACAAUCGCCCUGUUCAUUGUCUGAAGGAGGUGCUGAGCUACCGCACUGCCCUCUGCAUGUCUGAGACUUCAUGUAUCCUUUACUACCAGUCGCUCAGGAAAUGUUUCUGUCCCUUUUCAUGUCUACUGGAUGUCAGAAAGUGGUGUUAUUACUCCAUGCCCUGGUACUUCAUUGUUCUUCUGUGGUUUUAUGAUUAAGUCUUGUCCUCAAAAUAUGAUUUUGAAAUUUUUUCCCUCAAAAUAUUUGGAAAUUAAAUAAAUACAAUAUCUGCCUUUU